AACAUUCUGAACUCUGCAGCAGCUACCCUUCUCGAUCAUCGCCGGAAGAGAUGCUUCUGCGUGUGGCAGCAUCAAAUUUGCUCAAAAAACUUCGUUUUUCUGCUUCGUAUGCCUUCCCUGCCACCACAAAUGCAUUGCCCAUCUCAUUUUCCGGUAAACUUUCUCAUUGGUAUCAAACUGGUGAAUAUGGUUGGAGGAUAAAUUUUAAGGAUCCUUCUUGUCUAUGGAUUGUUAUAUCCGGACAUGUAGCAAUUACUUUGGGAAUUGGUGCCAGCACUGUGUUUGCAGAAGAUGCAACACCAAGAGCAUCUUCUGACGAUGGCCUGGGGGAUGACUCAAUUGGAUUAAGAAAAAUUGAAGAUGGUUCUGUAGUGUCAAACAUACAUACAGCAAAAUGGAGAGUUUUUACAGAUAAAGCAAGAGAUCUUUUCCUACAGGGAAAACUAGAUGAAGCUGAAAAACUCUUCCUCUCUGCUGUACAAGAAGCUAAAGAAGGUUUUGGCCAGCAAGAUCCGCAUGUUGCUUCUGCGUGCAACAAUCUGGCUGAGCUGUACAGGGUCAAAAAGGCAUUUGACAAAGCAGAACCAUUGUAUUUGGAAGCUAUCAACAUAUUAGAGGAAUCUUUUGGUCCUGAUGAUAUUCGGGUUGGCGUUGCUGCUCACAACCUUGGCCAGUUCUACCUUGGACAGCGGAAGUUGGAAGAAGCUCGUGUUAGCUAUGAGCGCGCUUUGAAGAUAAAAAGGCGUGUUCUGGGAUAUGGCCACUCAGAAUGUUCAGAUACAAUGUAUCAUCUAGGAGUGGUGCUGUACCUUCAAGGAAAAGAAAGGGAUGCUGAAGCCCUUAUUAAGGACUCCAUAAGGAUGCUAGAGGAAGGUGGUGAAGGAGAGUCAUUUGCAUGCAUUAGAAGACUACGAUACCUUUCACAGAUAUAUAUGAAUUCACAUCGACUUGCUGAAGCUGAGAUGGUCCAGAGAAAGAUCCUGCAUAUUAUGGAAUUGUCAAAGGGAUGGAAUUCCUUGGACACAGUUAUUGCAGCGGAAUCUUUGGCUCUGACCCUGCAAGCAUCUUUCAAUACAAAAGAUUCAAAAGAGCUUCUUGAAAGAUGCCUUAAUGCCCGGAAAACCAUACUUCCUGGUGACCAUAUUCAGAUUGGUGCAAACCUACUUCAUCUAGCAAGAGUGCUGAUGCUUGAUUGCAGUCAACAUAAAAAGUGGGAUGUUUCUAGAGCUAAAGCUGAGCUUGAUAUGGCAAAGGAUCACUUGCAUAAUUCCACAAGGAUUGCACGUCAAUGUUUAGAGAAGGUAUUGAAACAAAAGGACAAGUCAAAAAAAUACAGAGAUUCUAGAAAGGAAGUUCAAGCAGCAUUGACCAUAUUGUUGCAAUCACUCAAUACUUUGUCAUCAGUGGAGCAAGCAAAGCAAGAAUUGCAGGAAACUCAGGAACAGAAUAUUAACCUUGAGGCUCAGAAGGCACUUCUUCAAUGCAUUUCUGCUUACAAGGAGUUUGUAAAUGAGAGGUCAAUUGUUGAUGCACCUGAAAUAAAGAACGAGUAUCGUUCAUGUUUAAAGCGUGCACAAAAUUUUCUUGGUAAUAAAGUUGAUGAAGAGUCAAGCAAUCAAAAGGAUUUCCGAAAGCUGAAUCAAACAAAAGCAUGAUGAGAUUUUCUUUUUCUUUUUAAUUUUCUGGGGAGAAGUGUUUCUCAUCUUAUUCAAGAAAUAAUGUUUUUCCAUGCUUGGAAAAAUUGUAAUGUCAAAAUUUUUCGUGAUUGAGCCAUCAUAAUUUUUUAC